CACAAAGACUAUAGCAUAACUUAUUUUAAGAUCCCACGACACUGGACCUUCAAGAAGUGCAGUCAGUAAAUACCUAAGCCAAGCGGACAUCUGCAGUAGAAUGUCCCUCCAACUGCUGACUGCAGUGAACUGUGGCAGCCUCUUACAGCCUGGCUGCUCUUUGCUACAGCUUGAUGGUGGCGUCUAUCUGUUCGGCCAGAAAGGCUGGCCUAAACGUUCUUGUCCAACAGGGGUCUUUGCAAUACGUAUAAAACAAGGGGAGCUCAAGCUGCGAGCCAUCUCAUUCUCCAAUGACUCCUGCUAUCUUCCCCCUUUGCGUUGUCCCGCUGUGACCCGCCUCGAACCCCAUGAUGAACACCCAGAGGGCUACCUCAUCCAUGGAGGCCGCACCCCAAACAAUGAGAUUUCAUCCAGUCUCUACCUGCUGACCCUGGACAGCCACGGCUGCAACCGUAAAGUCACACUGCGCUGUCAGGAAAGAGAGCUGGUGGGAGAACGGCCAGGGGCCCGUUACGGCCACACCCUCAGUAUGGUGCACAGCCGGGGGAAGAGGGCCUGCGUUCUGUUUGGGGGCCGAUCCCAUAUUCCGUCCGGGGAGCGUACCUCAGAGAACUGGAACAGUGUUGUGGACUGCCCUCCUCAGGUGUUCAUCAUUGAUUUGGAGUUUGGCUGCUGCUCGGCUCAUACCUUACCAGAGCUCAGUGACGGACAGUCCUUCCACCUGGCCCUAGCUAGAGAUGACUGCGUCUACCUCCUAGGUGGCCACACUCUGUCCUCUGACUCCCGUCCUCCUCGUCUCUUUCGCCUGCGGGUGGAACUCCUGCAGGGCAGCCCGCUGCUCUCUUGUGAGCUUCUAAACGCUGGUCUAUCCAUCACUAGUGCCAUCGCCAUUAGCGCCGGGCCCUCCCAUGAGUACAUCAUCCUGGGUGGAUACCAGUCAGAGACCCAAAAGAGGAUGAAGUGCAGCAGUGUGGUGCUGGAUGACUCUGGUAUCCGCAUUGAGCCCAGAGAGUCCCCCCCGUGGACGGGGGAAAUCUGCCACAGUCGCACUUGGUUCGGAGGCUGCCUUGGCGGAGGGAGUGCUCUGAUCGGUGUCCCUUCGGAGGGCAGGCCAGCCCCUGCUGACGCUCAUUACUUCUACCAGGUCUGCUUCCAAAGGGAGGGGCAGGGUGAGAGUGAAGAAGGCACCCAGGGUUGCAGCCAGGAGUCCACAGACUUAGAGGACUCCACGCCUCUGGAAGACUCUGAGGAGUUGUACUUUGGCCGUGAGCCACACGAAUUAGAGGACAGCAGCGAGGGAGAGGGAGAUACAUACAAUGAAGAGGAUGAAGAGGACGAGUCCCAGACCGGAUACUGGGUCAAGUGCUGCCUGGGCUGCCAGAUGGACCCCAACACCUGGGACCCCUACUACUCCACAGAGCUUCUACGGCCAGCCAUGAUCUACUGCUCCAAAGGAGAGGGAGGCCACUGGGUUCAUGCCCAGUGUAUGGAGCUGACCGAGAGCCUCUUGGUUAAGCUCUCACAGGGAAACAGCAAGUACUUCUGCCUGGACCAUGGGGGCCUGCCCCGUCAAGAGAUGACCCCACCACGCCAGGUUCUGCCCCUGAAGAGAAGCCCAAUGAAACUCCAUCACAAGAAGGGCACAAUGAUGCUAAAGAUGACCCCUGCCAAGAAGAGCCUCUUCAGGAGGCUGUUUGAGUGAUUUGUGAUCAUGAAUUGCGUUUUACAUUUAAGUAAUUUAACGACUUACAGCAGUGAGUGCAUUUAUUUUCUCUUUGGCCACAGAUGGAAAUCAAACCCUCAAAUGUGGCUUUGAAAGCGCAAUA